AUGUCGUCGACGGCGAGCCCGAGCGGCUACGUCAAAGUCGUCCGGAUCAAGGACGCCAGCGGCGCUGAACGUUGUCUCAACUUUCCCGUUCAGUUGGACUUGGACCGGCCGAAGCGUCCCAGGACCACAUUCACUAUCGACCAAGUCAAGGUAUGCUUUUUCGAUACUUUGAGUCUUUAAAAAUUAGAAAUAUUUCUUUUUCUGAAUCCUGGUAAUUAAAAAAAGCUAAAAUCCUAUUUUUUUUUCUCUCUCUUCCACGGUCUCUUAAUAUUCAGAAGCUCGAAGACGCCUUCAACAAAAGUGGGUACUUAAGUGGUGAAGCAAGGGUGGCUCUGGCAGCGAAAUUAGGACUAUCCGACACGCAGGUUUUUAUUAAAUAUGAAAUACUUAAAAUUUCGUUUUUUUAGGUAAAGGUGUGGUUUCAAAACCGACGGACUAAGAAAAAGCGAAAUAAUUUCGAGGGGUUUGAUAUUCGAAAUUAUUUUACCUUCAAAAAUUUCUCACAGGACUUCACCACCACCCAAAUUACAAGAAGAAGCGCCACAAAUGUAUCCGUUCGCCUAUUAUUUCACGCAGCAACCAAUAAUUUUUCAAUGA